UCAUUCCUCAGCCCGACGCAAAAGAAUCCUGCCAUUCUGCCUUCAGCCACCGAGCAGCAGCUAUGAAUUCCAGGUGGCGUGAAGGCGCUCGGCAACCGCCACCGCCGUACCCCAAAUCCCUGUCUGUCGCAGUGUUGGGAACAGCAGCACUGUUAAAGAACGACGUUGGAAAUCACAUCCUUCGCGAUCAGAGGGCGUUUCUGAAAGUCAGCGACCAUCUUUCUCAAAGCAGAAACCAGACCUUCCAUGUGAUAAAUGCACCUAAUUUCUUCAACAAAGACUGCAAGUACCCCGACCAGCAGAUCAUUGACUUCAUGGCCAUCUCCCACCCAGGACCGGACCUAUUUAUCCUCGUAGUAGAUCCUGCUGAGGCCACAGAGGAGAAAGCUGUUGCUCAAAUAACCAAACUUACAUACAUUUUCGGUGACUCACUGUUGCCGUAUCUUGUAGUUUUGCUACAAGAUGUUGACAGCUACCAUUCCCUCCAUCACCUGAUGGAUCUGUUCAACCUGACUGUGGCCUUGAAAAAAGAAAACCUGGCCGGUGACUGUCAGAGGUGGUGCUGCGACAGAAGCUCCUUUCUCUAUCAGUACAAUAACUACAGUGAGGAGGUCGUGAAAAGAAGGAAGGAAUCCCUGGAGAACAACAGAUAUCUUUACAGCACUGGAGGUCUCCCUGCGACACCACAGCUGCCUUCUCCCAGAAAAGAUUCACAAAACAGGACACUUUCAAUGCGAAACCCAUCUGAUCCAGUAUAUGAGACAAUAAGUAUAGGUACAAAGAUAACACAAUACACCAUGGUUCUGUUGGGACGCUGUGGAGCUGGGAAGAGUGCAUCUGGAAAUACCAUUCUUAAGGCUGGCCAGUGCAAAACCACAACGCUGUUCCAAUCCGAGGCCAGCUCUGUGCCGGUGACCAAGCAGUGUGAGGCCAGGUUCACACAGUUUGGCAUUCCAGUGAGGGUAGUUGACACACCAGACCUCUUAAGUAAUCAGUUGCCCAACGUGGAACAGCAGAUCGCCCAGUGUCGGGAAUACUGUCGGAGUGAACCCUGCACCAUCUUAUUGGUGUUACAGCUGGGCCGUUUGUCAGACAAUGAGAUGGGACUUUUGGACAGGUUUGAAACCACACUGGGCACCAGGAUUCGAGAUCGCACCAUCAUCCUUCUCACACACGCAGAGGUCCUUAAAGGUGAUGUGAGAGAAUACUUCUUACAAUGUGCAAUACCCAUCUCAAUGUGCAAUAACCAUCCCUACGGUGCAAUAACCCUUUUUAACCUAGUUUAAUUUUUAACUUUUUUAUUUUUUAUUUUAUUUUAUUUUAUUUUUUAUUAUAUAUAUAUUUUUUUUUUCUUAAAAUCUUAUUUUAUUUUCAAUUGUAUUUUAACUUCCAGGUUAUUAGUAUUAUUAUUUUUAUUUCAUUUGUAUUUUCUUCCUUAUUUCUCUGUGUGAUGCUCUUCCUAACUGCAUGCCCUUCCUUGCCUCUAUUGUUACUGGAAACGUAAAUUUCCUGGAGGGAGUCAUCCCAAAAGGAUCAAUAAAGUCAAGUCUAAGUCUAGUCUAAGUCUAAGUCUUCAAUGCCGUUGCCCCACUUUUGGCAAUGGUUCAACAGUGUCACCACCGCUAUCAUCUGUUUAACAACAACUCUCCAGACCGCAAGCAGGUCAAAAACCUUCUGAAAAUGAUCCCUAUUUUCAAGAACGAUGGGAAGAAAGAUGACUGUCGUUUGGGUUAGGUCUUCCUAUUUGGAGCGAGAAGAGAACCAUUAGAGGUGGGGCUCUCCCAAAUGUAUAUGAGAUAAUAUGUAUCACUUUUUUGUUCCUCGAUGUAGUUUGUUCAGUAAGUCCAUUAAGCUAACAGUUAUUCUGAGUGGGAGUCUGUUGAGAUCAAACAUUUCACCAUAGAAAUUAGUUUAUUAGAAUUAAAAUAAUUCAUGGUGAAAUCAAGUUUUGCUUCUAGAAAUCUCACCCUUCAGCGCAGCAGAUCAGCUGAUCCCUGGCAUGAAACGUCCUGGAUUCUGUUGACUGACGGGUGUCAGCACCUGUGAUGAAGAAGGACGUCAGCUUCUGCCUGGUGGUGUUGAGAAUGAUUGACACACAAGGCACAAGGCGCCAGCCCCCAGAGCAUGUGAUUUCUAUAUAUAUAUUCUACAUAUAUAUUUUUUUGUCUUGAUGGUUUUAUGCAGGCCAUUUGUGUUAUUUUCUGUUCUUGUUGCAUUCGAGCUCAUGCUUACCACUUGAGUGAGUUUGACAGGAGACAGAUGUGACGUCUCAACUUCAACAUCAAACAUGUGAUGAUAAACAUGAUUGUAGCUCCUUCAUGUUUGGAACCCAUGUCAUCCUUGUCAUGUUCUGGACCAUUAAAACGCUGUGUUUUUCUGUUUAU